AUGGAGGCGACGCGGGCCACGGAGGUGACGAGGGACACAACCGUGACGUCAAGUUGCUCUCGACGGCAGCAAAAAGUGAACGGCCUGGCCGCGGGUGCCGUCGGCGCUGCUGCUGCUAUCAGUUCGGACGUCAGUGUCACCCGCUCCAAGCGACGUCCGCCGCCCGAGACGAAGGAGACGGUGCCGGCGAAGGCGGUGAGCGCGGUGAGCAGCGAGGUCGGAGCGAUGACGCGACCCGCAUCGCAUUACAACAGUUACGACGAAGAAGCAAGUGAAGUUCGAGAGCAAGAGCAGGAGCUGCUGGCACAGCUGGAGCACAAGGUCAAGGGGCUGUACGUGCAGGAGGAGGAGGAACAGGCGCGCGCGGAGUGGGCUGGACUAUACGAGACGCUGUCCGAGCGGGAGCAGGAGAAGACGCUGAAGUAG